CCCCACCCCCUUGAGAAGAGGAGCCGCAGCCCCUGCAGGACGGGGGCCUGCGGCGCGAUGGGCUCUGCCGCUACCCCGCAGCGCGCGCUGGGCUACGUCCGCGAGUUCACGCGCCACUCUUCCGACGUGCUCGGCAACCUCAACGAGUUGCGCCUGCGCGGGAUCCUCACUGACGUCACGCUUUUGGUGGGCGGGCAACCUCUUCGAGCUCACAAGGCAGUUCUCAUCGCCUGCAGUGGCUUCUUCUAUUCAAUUUUCCGAGGCCGUGCAGGAGUUGGGGUGGAUGUGCUCUCUCUGCCCGGGGGCCCCGAGGCCGGAGGCUUCGCUCCUCUUCUGGACUUCAUGUACACUUCGCGCCUACGACUCUCUCCCACCACUGCACCGGCCGUUCUUGCGGCCGCCACCUACUUGCAGAUGGAUCAUGUGGUCCAGGCAUGCCACCGCUUCAUUCAGGCCAGCUAUGAACCUCUGGGCAUCUCCCCGCGGCCCCUGGAGGCAGAACCCCCCACGCCCCCAACGGCCCCUCCACCAGGCAGUCCCAGGCGCUCCGAAGGGCACCCAGACCCACCUACUGAGUCUCGCAGCUGCAGUCAAGGCCCCCCCAGUCCAGGCAGCCCAGACCCCAAGGCCUGCAACUGGAAAAAAUACAAGUUCAUCGUGCUAAACUCUCAGGCAUCCCAAGCAGGGAGCCUGGCUGGGGAGAGGAGCUCUGGUCAACUUUGCCCCCAAGCUGGGCUCCCCAGUGGAGAUGAGGCUUCUAGCAGCAGCAGCAGCAGCAGCAGCAGUGGCAGCGAAGAAGGGCCCAUUCCUGGUCCUCAGAGCAGGCUCUCUCCAAGUGCUACCACUGUACAGUUUAAAUGUGGGGCUCCAGUCAAUGCCCCCCAUCUCACACCCUGGGCUCAGGAAGCCACUGUAUCAUCACCCUCUGGGAGGGUUCAUCCACCACCAGGAAGUGAAUUUUUCAGCUGCCAAAACUGCGAGUCUGUGGCUGGGUGCUCAUCGGGGCUGGACCCCUUAGCUCCUGGGGAUGAGGACAAGCCCUACAAGUGUCAGCUCUGCCGGUCUGCCUUCCGCUACAAGGGCAACCUGGCCAGUCACCGCACGGUGCACACAGGGGAAAAGCCCUACCACUGCUCCAUCUGCGGAGCCCGCUUUAACCGGCCGGCUAACCUGAAAACGCAUAGCCGCAUCCAUUCGGGAGAGAAGCCCUACAAGUGUGAGACGUGUGGCUCCCGCUUCGUGCAGGUAGCGCAUUUGCGAGCGCACGUGCUGAUCCACACUGGGGAAAAGCCCUAUCCUUGCCCCACCUGUGGGACUCGCUUCCGCCACCUACAGACCCUCAAAAGCCACGUUCGCAUCCACACGGGGGAGAAGCCUUACCACUGCGACCCCUGCGGCCUGCAUUUCCGGCACAAGAGUCAACUACGGCUGCAUCUGCGCCAGAAACACGGAGCUGCUACCAACACCAAAGUGCACUACCACAUUCUGGGGGGGCCCUAGCUGAGCGACGACCCAGACCCCAGUCACUUCCUGGAAGUCAGGAAAGCUGCUGGCCCUUGCCUGGCUUCGCUGCCAGAUUUGGGCAUGGAGGGGUGCAAGGUCCCACCGUCGUCAGAAACUGCCACCACCUUAAUUCCUUACUGGGGAGAGCAGGGGUGGCAGAUCCCGACUUGAUCUGCCUCUGUUUUGCUGGUCAAAACCUCUUCCCCACAAUCAAAAUUAUUUCUGAGGAGAGAGCAAGCUAGGAGCUGGGGGAGAGAAGAGGUUGGAGCUCCCAUCUCAUUUGGUUUAUCUGUAAAUAUAAUUUAUUUAGGCCUCUGGGUAGCACCAGGGCCUUCCUUCUUUUGCAUUUCCCACCUCCCUCUUCCACAGUGGGAUCAAAGUGACCUGAAACAGAUUGUGAGGUCACAGCUCUGCGGGCAGAGAUUAGCACUUCGCUGUCUCCUUUGGCUU